AAAUGACCGGAUGGGUCCCGUUUUAAUAAAUCGCGAUUUACCCGAAAUAAUUGUCGUGAAUCGAUUUUAAUAACACCGACCGUUGCGUAUCUUGGCAACCGUUUGCUGGCAACAAACAUGGCCCUCUGUUUGGGGCCCACAGGUUCAGGUAAAACCCUCCUGUUGAAAAAACUUCAAAACAUCGAAAAUGUGGACACUACGGCCAGUUCGGUGGCCACGGUCGGCACCAACAUGUUCACAAUAAAAAUCGAGGGUGAAAUUUACCACAUUCGCGAGCUUGGCGGCGUGAUGAGCCCCUUGUGGUCCAGGUACUUCCCCGGUGUUGAGAAAAUAAUCUACGUCGUUGAUGCCUCAAACCUGUGCCAGAUCAGCGCCGCCGGGAUCCUCCUCUACACAAUUAUCGCCAACCCAAUGCUCGCAAACGCAAAAUUCCUCCUCGUGCUGACCAAAAUGGAUGUUAGCUACCGGCAGAUGCGCAACGAAGCUUUGCUAAUGCUGCAGAUGCGUAGGUUCGAGAAGGAAAUCAAUCAAAAAGUCACGAUAACUGAAGCGAGCGCGAUCACGGGUGAAGGAAGGGAAGAAAUCUUGAGUUGGUUGAAAAAGAAGUAACUUUCACUUGCAGUCUUUUUGUUUAACACUUUCGGUUUCAAAAAACAAUUUCACACUCGACUGGACUGCCGUUAGCUUUCAAUUUUAAGUCAUAUAUAAAAGUUGGAGCCGGGCUUUAACCGCAGUUAACCCAAAGACUUCAACCACAAUGUUCAAUCUUAAGGCAAUUGUUUUGGUGGUGGCCCUCCUUUACCUCACCCAAGUGCACUCGAUCCCGGUUUACGAUGACCUAGAGGGCGCUUCUUCCGAACACGAUUACGCACGAGUCCAGAUUAAAGUCUUCCGGGGCCCCACAGAAGGACACGACCACUUCGCCCCCUGGGGCUACUGGGUGAAGCAGCCAGCCGACGACCACCACUGAACCGCUCACCUCUUUGUUACUUUUGUAUUGUUGAUUUUAUUUCAUAAAUAAAUAAUUUGUUACGUUAA